GUAACUAGUUUUUCUAUUGUACUUGUAGGGACACGAUGUUGCUGGCCUCCGCCGUGGUCGUCUGGGAAUGGCUGAACGAGCACGGGCGCUGGCGGCCGUACAGCCCGGCCGUGUCUCACCACAUCGAGGAGGUGAUAAGAAGCGAUCCCCGCGGCGGCAGCGUCGUUUUAGGCCGAGCUGACAGCCGCCUGUCGCCCUACAUCAUCGAUCUGCACUCCAUGCAUCAGUUCAGACAGGACACCGGUACAUUAAGACCAGUUCGACUGAGUUUCUAUGACCCCACCUCAGCACCAGGCCAAGGUUGGAUAUGGGAGUGGGAAAAUGACGCAGGUUCCUGGACGACCUAUGACAUGGAGGUGAUCAUUGCCUUGCAAGUGGCAUGGGAUCGACAGCAACCCUGGCUGGACCUGACAUCGAUGGGCUUUUCCUACUUUGUGGACUUCCAGACCAUGACCCAGAUUAACAGGCAAACACAGCGGCAGCGGCGCAUCCAGAGACGCCCAGACAUGGUUUACCCACUAGUCUCUGGGCCACUGCCUAAAACCUCACAGGCUUGGGGUACAGGCUCAGGGUCUGGAGGCAUUGCUAAAGGACUUGCAUCAGGUGGGGGCUCAACUGGGGCACUUCUUGGGGUAGGUGUUUCUGGAUCUACCUUGAGUAGAAAAGGAAGUGCGGUUUACCCAAGAGGGACGCUUUCGAUAUCAUCCCUUGCUCCUUCCGGACAGCCAUGUGCCUGCCAGCAGUGCAUGCUGGUGUUGAGUGUAAAGGCAAAUGGCACCUCAUCACAGACACUGGGACGUGCAACAAAGCCAAACAGUCCUAGAUCCAACUUUGGGAAACUUCCAUCCUCCUCUGCGUCCAUGUCUGUUUUAAACUCCUAUUCUACACUACCACAUGGCACGUCUUUAAAAUGCUCGGAAGUAGCCAAGAAAUCUGCUGGUUUUGAUCAGUCAUUGUCUCUUCUCACAUCGGGCACAGCCAAUCUCUCAGUCUCCUCCAGCCGCCCAUCGCCUCCAACUCUGCCAUCGCCGAAUCAGCAGCCUUCAUCCGCUCCAAGCUCUUCGUCUUCUGCAACAUUUGUGCCAACCGCCAUGCUUAUUAACACAUCAACCAGUCCCUCAUCAUCCACAGAUUUGACAUCAUCUUCAUCAUCGUUGCCUUCUCAACGCUCUGCUGCCUGUGCUGCCCCUCUGCCAACCCGUGCCAGUCUGACAGGGCUUAGUCGUCCUGCUUUGCAGAGAAUUGCUGUGGCACAGUCACGGGCCCUUAUUGCUUCUGGGGUACCGACAGUACCAGUGACUCUUAAUCUUAAUGGCUCCAGCCCUGUCCAUCCGGCUUUAGCUGGUAUUACCGGUAUUCUGAUGAGCGCAGCAGGACUACCUGUAUGUUUGACCCGUCCACCAAAACUAGUUCUUCAUCCCCCUCCUGUCAGCAAGAGUGACAUAAGACCAAUUCCUGGCAUUGGGAAGUGUUGCCGCAAGUCCACCAAAAAACAAGCACGCAAAGGCAGAACACCUGAGGAAGUGGUAAAAAGGUACUUUCAGAAGGUCAGGAAUCCACCAGAAGAAGAUUGUACUAUCUGUAUGGAGGCUCUAGGGGGUCCCUCGGGGUAUAAGGGUCCUGGUGUAGCAAGUGUUUUGCGUGCAGAGUCGGUUGGAAGACUGACACAAUGUGGGCAUCUUUAUCACCUGCAGUGCCUAGUGGCCAUGUACAACAAUGGCAACAAAGAUGGCAGCCUGCAGUGUCCCACGUGCAAGACAAUAUAUGGAGUAAAGACAGGCAACCAGCCACCCGGUAAGAUGGAGUACCAUGUCAUCCCGCACUCACUUCCAGGACACCCAGACUGCAAAACCGUUCGCAUCAUCUACAACAUACCGCCAGGGAUACAGGGUCCUGAGCAUCCAAAUCCAGAGAAGCCUUUUACAGCUAGGGGAUUUCCCCGUCACUGCUAUCUUCCAGACAGUGAAAAAGGACGCAAGGCAUUAAGGCUGUUAUUGGUGGCGUGGGAUCGACGGCUGAUCUUCUCAGUGGGCACCUCCAGCACCACAGGAGAGUCAGACACUGUCAUCUGGAACGAGAUCCAUCACAAGACAGAAUUUGGCUCCAAUCUUACUGGACAUGGCUAUCCAGAUUCUGCCUAUAUUGACAAUGUACUAGACGAGCUUAAAGCCCAGGGCAUCACUGAAGAUGAGGAACAGCUACUGUGAAGAAGACGGGAUGUGCCUGAUGGCAGUGAAAAAAAAAUGGUACUAGAUGUUCUAGGAGUGCAUUUGAGCUCAGAUAUACAUAUGAAUUCAUAUAAAAAAGGACUCUGAUAUAAAACAAUGUGACCAAAUGGUACAAAUAACUACGUGAAUGAGGUAAAGUCAGCAAGUAUCCUAAUCUCAAUACAAAUUAGGGCAUGAAGUAACAACUAACAUGAGAACGAUAUUUGGUAAAAGGUGAAAGAUAGGUUUGAAAGAAAAAGGAAAGUGUGAAAAGCAAGAAUGGGAGGUGGAAAGCACUUGUGAGGUAGAAAAUUGAGGGAAUAGAAAGACUAAGGACAUGCAGGUUAUUGAAGCAGCACUGACGUGUUUUAACUGCUAAAGCGAUGUUGCUGUGUGAGUUUGUGUAAGUUAUCUUAAACCGUUGUAAGUGUGGGUGUAUUUAGUCAACUCUGGUACCUCUAACUGGAUUACUUACUCUCAAUCUGUUUACUAGAACUCCAAAGUAUAGUUUAGUGCAUAUGAAUGCUUGUAUUAUGAUUUGUAUUGUCAUACAACAUCAUUCCUUGUUUUUAUGUAUUGAGAAUACUGUUUUUGUACGGAUGAUAUCGUGUGCAUAAGAUUCAGAGUUUUGAUUAAUCAAAAUAGAGCAGGAUUUUAAUAUUAAUUGAAAAUCACUUUUAUGGAAGCAUUGAAUUCAUUUAUUCUGGUUUAUAUGAAGCAUGAGAAAACUAACUAAUUGUUCUUCCUCCGAUAAUUUGAGUACUUUAUUUGCUCAUUGAGGUAAAAGAUGUCUCUAUUGCAUCUAAUAGUUAUAGAUUGAAGAAUAUCACAUUUUCACGGUACAGAAAACCAAUUUGGUGGUUUAAGCUAAGAAGUGCUGUUUUACUCCACUUUCAGCAUUAAAUAUGUUCAGCUUUAACACAGAAGAAAGAUAUAAGCAAAUUAAUUUAGACAGUGAGAUGGAAGAAGGAAUAGCAAGCACUUCAUGGCUAGAAAGAUGGGUAGUUUAAUGAUCCCUAAGGGUCUGUUUAGUAAUAGUUUGCCAAAAUGAAUUUUGCAAACUCAAGGAUUUUGCAUAAAAUGUUAUAGCUCUUUUCAACUGUUCUUUACUGUCCUUGUAUCCUGUUUUUAGGCCAGUCUGUAUGUUAGGUCAAUUAUUGACCUGUUUAUAAUGAUAUACUUCUAAGAAUGUGCCAUUGUUUGGUAUGUGUGCACGUGUGAGCCCGUGCAACAUGUGUAUGUUUGCAUUUGUGCUUGAUUAAAUAUAAGAGUGUAUGCUAUGCAUCCACAACACAGAGGUACGGUGUUACUCAUCUGCAUAAUUGUCUUCAUGCAUUUCUGUUUGUAUUUCUUUUUUAUAUGAAUGUUUUCUUAUAUUUUCUUAGUUUAUUUUGUUUCAAGAAUGUUUCAUACUGAGAAAUGUUAUACUUAAAAAUGAGCCUCAACUGUUUUUUGGUUUGUUUUUGCCUGUCUACACAACAAAUGCUAUUUUAGUUCAUAUGAAGUUGGGUGGGUGGGAGGUGGGGGUAGCUUUGAAGUCGACCAACUUAUCAAGUAAAAAUA